UCCAGGAAGCAGAGACGCUACCAAAGGGCUUUUCUUAGACAUCAUAUGCAGACAGUUGGAAGGACUGAAGCAGCAGCUUCCUUGGAUUUGUCCACCAGGGAAAUCAGAGAAAAUGACUUGGCUCCUUUUCAGAACAUCAGCGGCUCUGGCUAUUUUAAUGGUGCUCAUAUUGGUUCAUGGAGAACUGCGAAUAGAGACAAAGGGCCAACACGGAGAAGAUGAUACUGCAGUACAAGGCAAAAGGAGAUACAAGCGUGAAUGGGUGAAAUUUGCAAAACCCUGCAGAGAAAGAGAAGACAACUCGAAAAGAAAUCCGAUUGCCAAAGCUCUAGAUUAUGAACAACUACAAAAUGUACAACUUGGUAUUGCUGUCAAAAACAAAGCUGAAUUUCACCAAUCAGUAAUUUCUCAGUAUCGAGUGCAGUCAACCCCAGUCACGAUUCAAGUAGUCAACGUGAGAGAAGGAAUUGCAUUCCAUCCUGCUUCCAAGACAUUUACUGUGCAGAAAGGCAUAAGUAGUAAAAAACUGGUCAAUUAUGUUCUGGGAACAUAUCCAGCUAUUGAUGAGGAUACUAAAAAAGCUGCCUCAUAUGUCAAGUAUAUCAUGGGACGUAAUGAUGGUGGUUUACUAUUCAUUGAUUCAAAAACUGCUCAAAUCAAAUUUGUCAAAAGCAUCGAUUGGGAUUUAACUUUCAUAGUUAACAAGACAAUCACAGCUGAGGUUCUGGCCAUAGAUGAAAACACAGGUAAAACUUCUACAGGCACCAUAUAUGUUAAAGUACCUGGUUUUAAUGAAAAUUGUCCAACAAUCGUCCUUGAAAAGAAAACAAUUUGUAGUUCACAGCCUUCUGUGGUAGUCUCAGCUAGAGCACUAGACAAUAAAUAUACUGGCCCCUACACAUUUUCUCUGGAGGCGCAACCACUAAAAUUACCAGUUGUGUGGAGUAUCACAACACUCAAUGCUACUUCCGCACUCCUAAAUGCCCUGCAGCCUCCAUCUCUUGGAACGCACAGCAUCGCCUUCACUGUUACUGACAGUCAGGACAGACCGUGCGAGACACCAGAGAGCCUGACUCUGGAAGUCUGCCAGUGUGACAACAGGGACACCUGUAGAACUCCUAGUGAUAAUGAUCCCAUAGAUGGAAAGAGAUCAUCAGUGAGGCUGGGGCCUGCCGCCAUCGGCCUGCUACUCCUUGGUCUUUUGCUGUUGCUAUUGGCCCCCCUUCUCCUGCUGACCUGUGACUGUGGGGUGGGUCCUAUCGGGGGAGUGACAGGAGGAUUUAUGCCAGUUCCUGAUGGUUCAGAAGGAACAAUUCAUCAGUGGGGAAUCGAAGGAGCCCAUCCUGAAGACAAGGAAAUCACAAAUAUUCGCGUGCCACCUACCACUGCCAAUGAAGCCGAUUUCAUGGAAAAUUCUGAAGUUUGUACAAAUACCUAUGCUGGAGGGACAGUGGUGGAAGGAGCCUCGGGAAUGGAACUGACCACCAAGCUUGGAGCAGCUACAGGAUCUGGAGCUGCUGCAGGAUUUGGAGCAGCCACUGGACUUGGCAUUGGUUCUGCAGGACAGUCUGGAACGAUGAGAACAAGGCAUUCCACUGGAGGAACCAUUAAAGACUAUGGUGAAGGAGCAGUAAGCAUGAAUUUCCUGGACUCCUAUUUUUCUCAGAAAGCAUUUGCCUGUGCAGAGGAAGACGACGCCCAGGAAGCAAAUGACUGCUUGCUGAUCUAUGAUAACGAAGGAAUGGGUGCUCCCAGUUCUCCCGUGGGCUCCUUGGGUUGUUGCAGUUUUAUUGCCGAUGAGCUGGAUGACAGCUUCUUGGACUCGCUCGGCCCCAAAUUUAAAAAACUUGCAGAGAUAAGCCUCAGGAUCGAUGAUGAAGCCAAACAAUCUCAGCCGCCUUCCAAAGACAGCCAUUUUGGGAUUGAAUCCUGUGGCUACUCCCUAGGAGUCCAACAGCCGGAAUCUGUUAGGGGCCAGACUUUGUCAGGCAGUCAAGGAACUUCUGCUUUGUCUGCUUCCGGCUCUGUUCUCCAACCAGCCAUUUCCAUCCCUGACACUUUGCAGCAUGGUAGUUAUUUGGUAACAGAGACUUACUCGGCCUCUGGUUCUCUCAUGCAACCUCCCGCUACAGUCUCUGAGCCACUUCUCACGCAAAAUGUAACAGUGACAGAGAGGGUGAUUUGUCCCAUUUCCAAUGCUCCUGGCAACCUACAAACUCCGAUGGAGCUACGGGGGUCACAUAAUAGGAUCUGUACAGAAGAUCCUUGUUCCCGUCUAAUAUGACCAGAAUGAACUGGAAUAAUAUAUUGGUUGAAUAUAAUUAUUUAGACCAAAUUGUUAAAAGGAGCAUAAAAAAGCUCACAGUACUUGUCUAAUUGGGCACUUAUUUGGUACUAUCCUAAACUGAGCUUGAUUCUUUUAAUUUUCUAGUUGAUAUCCCCAAACUGGAUAUGCUGUCACUCUCACUUCUCAAAUACCAUUCAAGUGGUAGUAAAUCUUGAUGUUUUUCAAAAAAAAAAAAUCUUAAGAUCAUAUCCAGUGGGAAAUUUUCAAUUAAUAAUUAACAACUUUAAAACUUCUGUUUUUGCAGUACCAAAGAAAGGUAUUUAUCACUUUAAAUAAAAUGCAGCAUGUUUUAGUGGAUUAAGCACUUGUAGUCAAGAGCCCCAGUUCUUGUCCCUGUCACCUUUUCUUAUGUCACUAAUAAUAAUGUAAAAGUCAUAGGUCUUUGCUAAAGCAUUUUGAGCUGCUUAGAAAAAGGAAGUAGUUGCAGCUGAGUUUUUGCCAUCUUCUUGGUGUUGGGAGACCCUAAGUGCAUCUUUUGCACAAGUUAAGGGCUAUUGGCUUAUGCAUUAAACUUGCUAUAUCUAUAUUCCUCAAUUCUCAAAAUAAGACAGUUUGGUAAGAAAAUAUCGUAGAACAUUUAGGAAAGUUUAGUAUGGUGUAAAUAAUAUUUUGUGUUUUUCUAAAUUACUUUGAAAGGAUCUAUCCAAAGAAAAUUCUUACACUGAGCUCCUUCCUACACACUUCUCAGUACAAAACCUGUGUUAAUCGUUCUCAAAAAUUACUCUCUAUUUUUUAAAUGUCAGUGGGUAGAUGUAACUUGCAUAUGAGAUAUAGUGAUGUUUAUUAUGCUAACAAUGUCUACAGACUUUGUGAGAAUACAAAACCUGGUUUUUCUCAUAAGAAAAAGAUGCCUCUGACUAGAUUAACAUAUGGUGACAUUUUUGAAUAUGUAUUAUAAGCCCCAUUUCAAGUCAAAAAGGGAGAUGGAAAGGGAUUAUCAGUAACCUCUAUUAUUUUAUUAAGCCUCACUCCUUUGAAAUAGCUACAGCAACUUAAUUCUCUAGCAUAACAAUGAAGAUUCCAAAUUUAUUAUUUCAUGCAUGUUGCCCUAAUAGCAACGCAGUUCUUCAAAUCAUCUGUGGUCAUUCAUUCCAGACCUUCAGCCUUUAGCCCCUAGAGAACACCUUCUUAUCAACAUUCUUGUCUUAGCUGAGUCUUUACAAGGUCAUUGUCCAACUCCAUUAUCUCUAAUUGUAUGUAAAAUACUCCUCUCUGUUUUGUUUUGUUUUGUUUUGUUGCCAUAUUCAAAACCUAUUUGUUUUUCCAGAUGGAAUGCAAAGUAAUAAAGUAUGUUUUAACACAGAAGGAUAAAAGUCCUAAGGAUCCCAGGGUGGGGUGGGGGAAGACACCUCCUAAAUGUCCCUACAUCUAACAUCCUUCCCUCUCCCUGGCGCCAUGACUACCAGGAAGGUAUGUACUAGGAUGGCCAAGAAGUGCAGGCAAUCUGUUCUUUCAAGACAAGCCCACUGUUUCAACAACACCUGCAGUGUGCCCAGCUUGAGGUGAGGGGAAUUAGACCCCAGGAAACAGCUACCAGGUCCUGAGGAAGUUGUCUUGCUAUUACCACUGAGACCUCUCCUUAGUGGAAGCUUGUUCUGGGGUCUGGAUCACACAUGGUUGAUUUGUGUCUCUAUGAUGCAUGAGAAUUACAUUAAUAAUCAUAAUAAUCCUUAUUUCAAGUUCAAAAGUGUCUUCAGGAUCCUCAAAGUAUUUUGGUGUUGACUCUUAAAACCCAACUUAUCAUGAAAUGGGAAUUUUCUGCCUUGCCAAACUACAGAGGAAACUAUGUCAUCGCAGUGAAGGCUCUGUAAGGGAAAAAUUGAAAUUAAAUGUGUUUUAAAAUGAAAAUAGAUUCAUCUUGUCUAGGAGGACCUCAAAUUGAUUUGCCAUGUAAAAGUAAAUUCAAAGCAAAAAUGUAUCUGUAUUUUUUCACCAAAACUAAAAAUUGUUUUAAGCAAAAAAAAAAAAGUUUAAAACUGUCUUUUUACUGGAUGUAUUAUAAAUUUUAAACAGUAUACACUAAAACUUUAACAGUGUAACACUGUUGUAAUAAAACUGUUUGGCAACAAA